GGAUGUCGGAGGAGCUCUGGGCGCGCUGCCUGAUGGGAUACUGGCAGAGUGUCUGCAGGCGGGCGAGAAUGAUUGAUCCGUGUGAGGCCUGAGGAAAGAGAGCUGGAGGCAUAAGUGUCACUGAGGGAAACUGUGCACCGGAUUGUCAUUGGUGAGUUGAGAAGCAGAAUUGGAGAUUUUGAGCUGUGAAGUUAAACGCCAGCAUGUCAACAGAAAAGGCAAAGUUUCCAGAUGUUGCUGGAUAUGUGGGAUUUGCAAACCUGCCCAACCAGGUCCACAGGAAGUCUGUGAAGAAAGGGUUUGAAUUCACCCUAAUGGUAGUUGGUGAGUCUGGUCUUGGGAAGUCUACAUUAAUCAACAGCCUGUUCCUGACUGACCUCUACCCUGAACGCUACGUACCUGGGGCUGCAGAGAAGAUUGAAAGAACUGUACAAAUUGAAGCCUCAACGGUGGAAAUUGAGGAGCGAGGAGUCAAACUACGCCUAACAGUUGUAGACACCCCAGGAUAUGGUGAUGCUAUUAAUAGUCAAGAUUGCUUCAGGCCUAUCAUUCAGUACAUUGACAAUCAGUUUGAACGAUACCUUCAUGAUGAGAGUGGCUUGAACAGACGCCAUAUAAUAGACAAUCGAGUACACUGCUGUUUCUACUUCAUUUCUCCUUUUGGCCAUGGCCUGAAACCACUGGAUGUUGAAUUUAUGAAGGCCAUUCACAGCAAAGUAAACAUUGUACCUGUGAUUGCUAAGGCAGACACACUAACAUUGAAGGAACGAGAAAGACUGAAGCGAAGAAUACUGGAAGAGAUCACUGAGCAUGGUAUCAGAAUUUACCAACUGCCAGAUGCUGACUCUGAUGAGGAUGAGGAGUUCAAGGAGCAAACCAUGAUUCUAAAGGCUAGUGUUCCCUUUGCUGUGAUUGGGUCCAACCAACUGAUUGAGGUGAAAGGCAAAAAGAUCAGAGGUCGCUUGUACCCAUGGGGUGUGGUUGAAGUGGAGAAUCCAGAACAUAAUGAUUUUCUUAAGCUACGCACAAUGCUGGUCACACACAUGCAGGAUCUGCAGGAAGUCACCCAGGAUCUGCACUAUGAGAAUUUCCGUUCUGAGCGGCUGAAGCGUGUUGGCAGGAAUGUGGAAGAUGAAACGGUUGACAAGGACAAGAUGCUGUUGCAGAAGGAAGCAGAGUUGCGUCGAAUGCAAGAAAUGAUUGCUCAGAUGCAGGCACAGAUGCGAAUGAAGCCUGCAGAUAAUGGAGAUGGACUGUGAGUGAUGAACUAGUUCUACUCUUAUUUGCAGGGAUGGAAAAUGAUGUGUCCCAUGGUUGCAAACACUCUUUAUAUCUCAGAUGCAAUACUGAUUCUGUAGUGAAGCUGAAGAGGAGACGGCCUUUACAAACCUUGCAUGGAAUUUUGGUAUCACUUUACUGUAAUCACAGAUAUAUUUUCUACCCUCCUGUUUGUACUGGUAUUACUUGAUUACAAUGGGAAUCUUUAUACGGUUUUUAUAUAGUUUGUAAACCUUUAUGUAUUAUGGAUGCACAUUUUUGAGCUUUCACAGGCAUAUAAUCCUUUUCUUCCAAGUGGCAGAUUUUGGUGCCUAUCACAGCUCCUGUCAACAUCAGAGAUACGGUCAUUAAUGAAGAGAAGGAAAAGCCAGCAGAGUUGCCCAAUUGAAGCCCCAAUGGCAUUCCAUUGAAAAAAAAAUUGGUACAUGAAACCCUUUUUUAAUUUGACAACCAUGUAAAAAUAUGCUGCUGACAGCGUUCCAAUGUGUUAGUGAAUCAAGCACUAUGAUUGUUUUUCAAUUCUGUGUGUUGGCACAGUUACUUAGUGUCACAUGGCAUUCUUGCUGACAAGUUCCUUGAUAACGGUUAAUGGUGAUAAUUACUUUGUCAUAUUUUAAAGCUUGAUGAAGGGCUGAAAUAAACUUAUAGUUACCUGUUUACUUUGUAGUCUGCAGCAGAUGCAGCUAAAUUGCUUACUUAUUAAUCUGUGGUAGACUCUGAUAAUCCUAGAGGUUUUCAGCAUGAAGUAACUUGGGGUUUCAUGCCAACAAAUGUAUUACUAUACAAAAUUCCUUAAGUUGAAACUCGAAACACUAAAACGAAACCUUGUAAACCAGUGUUUUAAAAAAGUGAGUCUCAGACGUGCCCGAGAUUUUUUUAAACAUGGUGCAAUGUAGCAUGUUGAAGAAUAACUGUACUGAUAUUAGAAUUUCAUAUAUUUAUUAUAUGUAUAUUCUUAGUCAUGUGUUUGCACAUUUUUGGUAUCCUUAGGAUUUUGAAAUCAUGAGAUGUACUGUAUAAGUACAGGUUCUUCAUAAUUCAAUUGAUGGUAGUUUUGCACAUUAGUCAAAAAUUUGGGGUUCAAGUUCAUCUCAAGGACCAAGUACACCAUCUAUUGCUGAUGAUCAGUGCUGGACUAAAGAUGUACAGAAUUUUGGAGUUACUGAUAUUUGGAUUGAAUUUUGAUCUUUGGUAACUCAGGUAGAUGUUCUCACUCUCUUUGCUCUUUGACUGUUCAGUCAAAGUUAAAUAACACUUGACAGUAACUGAUGAUAUGUUAACUUACCUUGCUCCAAUUUACAAGACUGUGCAGCAUUAAAAGGACCUGAAUUUUGUUUACGUAACUCCAAUAUAACAAACUGUGCAGGAAACUCAGAGGUAUUUACAAGUUCUACAUACAUAUGUCUUUUGAGCUGCAUGCUAAGAUGGGCCACUGAUAUUCCUUAUUGGAAUUGCUGCAGAUCAUUCCAGGCAGAUGUUUUUUUUUGCAAAUCACAUACUGCAAAUCCAAGCAUAAUUCAUUAAUUUUAAUUCUGGAUCUAUUUUAAAUCUACAAAACUAUGAACAGUUAAUUAAUGCUGUUUUAAUUGAGGCAGUAAGGAUAAGUUUAAAUUUGAUUAAUUGCAUAAACAUGGAUCCUAUAUUUAAAAAUUAAAUAUAUCAAAUUUACUGCUCUUUCAGAGAAACUAAAAUAUGCCAAUUAUAACUCCAAUCUUUCCAUUUUAAUCUUAAUUAGUAUUUGAAUGGUUAGGUAAGGUUUUUUUUGGGGUGCAAGCAUUAGUUUGCAGCAAUGUAGCAACAACGUGUAGUUUAUUUUAAAUGACUGACUUAAAUUAUAUGACCUGAUCAGAGUCUUAAGUAGGUGUCUGAAAAUGGGGAACCUGCAUUCCUUGAGAAACUCUAUCACCAGGUCACCUGUUAGAUCUACAGUUUUGAAAUCGGAAACAUUUAAGAGUGCUAAAAGCUUGAUAUGAUCUUCAGGGACUGACAGACUAAAUGGCAUUGUUGCCCUUGUGGUUCCCCAUUUUCAGAAAACUCCCCACCUGAGUAUGAUUAAAAUACUUCAUGGCACCAAUGUUCCUGGAAAUGUAUGUGCUCACUGUUUUGUUGUGCAUAAUAUCGCUGCGAUCUUUUGUAUAACUUGCUCAUGUUAUUGAUGAAGUUGCAUUUGAUUACACCAAAAGGAAGAAUCUUGGUGCUUGGAUCAGUGUUUCUCAUAUUGUUUACAAAGCCAGUUACUGUUCUGUUGACCAAAUUGCCUUAAGACUGACUUCAAAUUUUCUAGGGAAGUGGGACUCUUUUUGUUUUUGGUUAAAUGCCAAUAAUCUGCCACGAGGAGCUUUUGUUAGUUAUUCCAGACAUAAUCAUAUAAUGCUUUUAUCUUUGUACACUGCAUUUGUUUUUAUAUCAAGUAGUCAGCAAUAAACUGUACAGGAAUGAAUUAA